GCCUACGGCACAUCUCUCUCGGGCUUCUGAGGCUGCCCCUUAUCCGAGCCCCUUCGCUCGUUCCUCCCAUCUCCGUCCUCGCAAGGACCAGCCUCUGCCGGAAUCCUUCUCUUUCAAUCUGCAGCGAGAAAGGACGGGUAGUGCAUUCCAUCUAAAUUUGAGUGCAAGGUUUUUGUAGCUUUGACAUCAACUAUGGUAACGGUGUCGCAGCUCCACCUUGCUGGAGCCGCUUCAGCCACUCUCAAUGCAGCCUGCGCUCCUCGGAGAACUCUCUCAUACCGGGCUUCCUUAGAGCCCGCUCGAGGUCUCUCAAAGUUGGGUAUCAGGAAAGACGUGGUCCCGCGUAGAGUGUUUGCUAGGGUGAGCGGCAACGGGGAUGUAGAGGUUGCAAAGAAUGGGGAUGGUAUGGCGAAAGAGAAGGGGGAUGGAUCGAGCAGGUUGCCGUUCAAGGGCGGUGAGAUACUUGCAUCUGCUGCGGUGUUUUUGCAGACAUCUCUGCCCGCGCAUGCUUUAGUGAAGGAGGAGAUUGAGGAGAUGAUGAGGUUCUCCCCCGACGAGUGGAUCAAUAUUUACCUCACGACGGGCGCUGCGGCAGUGUUGUACCUCUUCGUCAUUCCGCUUGUCAUCAUGAAUUACCUCCGGUUGCGAUGGUAUAACCGGACUUUCCUCGAGACCUACUUCCAGUUCAUGCUCGUCUUCCUCUUCUUCCCCGGCUUGCUGCUGUUGGCACCCUUUGUCAACUUCCGGCGCUUGCCGAACGAUGGGUCGGAUAAGCCUUGGUGAUUUCUCCAGCACAUUCCUGCCUUGAGCUAUUUGUUGAUUGUACUACUAUUUUCAGUUAUUUUAGCUGUAUUCUUAUGCUAAAUCAAUUGUAGAAAAAAAAAAAAAAAAAAAAAAAAAAAAAGCAUUUGUUGCAUCUUCCUGUUUUCGUCGAAUUUGCAUCAAUUAAUCUUCCAUGUGGUCCCGGCUCUCAAGCAUUGCAAACAAGCAAUUUAUGUGGGAAAUAAGUAUGACGCCUUGAAUGAGAUAAGCUCCUCCAAAGUGAGACGAAACAGUGAAUUGUGGUACCAAUCAGGUCGAAGUUAUGUAUAGGUAUAAUCAGAUGCUUCGUAAUUGGUCGGACUAGCCCGAAAUUCAUGUCCCACUUAUGUGACUCUAUGUGUAUCAAUUGUUGCUUCUCA